AGAUUGAGCAGAGUAGACCUCGUAGUGGUUGGCCAAUCCUGACACAUUAUCCUCUCCCCCUCAACCAUGACGAGAGCAUAACCAGCUCAACCAGAUCAGAACACAGCCCUCGGCAAACACAGCCCGCAGCCAUCUCGGCCGCCUCUCUUCCUCCCCUCGCUGCUCGUGUCUUCCCCUUCCCCGCCUCGCCCACCAAGUCCCCCCUUCUGCUCGCCGGAGAUGGUGUCGCUGAGAUGCACCACCGCGCACCAUAGCCUCCUCGGCUCGCCGACUUGCCUCGCGCGCCCGCGGCGGGGCUGCACCGUCGUGCGCGCGGCCGUCGCCAUCGAGGCCGGCGCGCAGGCCAAGGUCUCCCUCAUUCGGAUUGGGACGCGCGGAAGUCCUCUUGCUCUUGCACAAGCCCAUGAAACUCGAGAAAAACUGAAAGCUGCACACGCUGAGUUAGCUGAGGAGGGUGCUGUUGAGAUCGUCAUCAUAAAGACCACAGGAGACAUGAUCUUGGACAAACCCCUUGCUGAUAUAGGAGGCAAGGGUUUAUUCACCAAGGAGAUAGAUGAUGCACUCUUGCAGGGAAGGAUUGACAUUGCAGUUCACUCUAUGAAAGAUGUUCCAACCUAUCUACCCGAAGGCACAGUUCUGCCCUGUAACCUCCCACGAGAGGAUGUGAGAGAUGCAUUCAUAUGCUUGACUGCAAAUUCUCUUGCGGAGCUUCCUGCUGGUAGCGUUGUCGGAAGUGCUUCCCUGAGGAGACAAUCUCAGAUUCUCUAUAGAUAUCCAUCACUAAAAGUUGUUAACUUCAGAGGAAAUGUUCAGACACGGUUAAGGAAACUCAAGGAAGGAGAUGUCCAUGCUACAAUGUUGGCACUGGCUGGACUCAAGCGGUUAAAUAUGGCAGAAAAUGCAACAUCUGUACUAUCAGUGGAAGAAAUGCUUCCAGCAGUUGCCCAAGGCGCUAUUGGAAUAGCUUGCAGAAGCAAAGAUGACAAAAUGAUGGAUUAUCUAUCCUCGUUGAACCAUGAAGAUACCCGACUAGCUGUUGCAUGCGAAAGAGAAUUCUUGUCAGUUCUUGAUGGUAACUGCCGAACUCCGAUUGCGGCAUAUGCUUAUCGUGACAAGGAUGGGAAUUGUUCAUUCCGAGGUCUACUGGCUUCACCAGAUGGUUCUAUAGUAUAUGAAACAUCAAGAAGUGGGCCUUACUCCUUUGAUGACAUGGUUGCUAUGGGCAAAGAUGCCGGUCACGAGCUGAAAGCGAAGGCAGGCCCUGGCUUCUUUGAUAGCUUGCAAUGAAAAGGAUACACCAUGGCAUUUCAAUUUCUAUCACCACUCUUCUGAUUAGAAACCGGGGUCCUGAGUAGAGUGUUGGGUCGGCUGUUUAAUUUUCCCCUCCUUCUGCUAGAGCCUUGUGCUAGAUAUUGAGCAGUCCUAUUCAAAUUUGUAUCACCCGUUCUUGUAGCACUGCGGGUUAGAACGUCACGGUUUUGUAAUAUCUUGAAGUGUUGAAGAGGUUUCUGCGCAGCUAUGUUGUAACAUUGUAAUUUGAUUAACUUUGCAGAUAUCUUGUUCGUUCAAGAAUAGUUGCAUUCUGAAGUUUCAUGAUA